CUAGACAGUAAGAUGGUCUAUAAUGGUUAGUCAUUCAUCAGAUGCAUCUUGUUUUCUUUCAGUCUCUCCAUCUCAGCCAGCAGAUGAACGGGCAGAGGAUGAAAAUGUAAAGUUACAGUGUUCUCUAUGGACUUAUUUAGAGAAAUGUCCAGAAAACGGCCUCCGCUGGGUGGAUGAUACAGGAACCGAGCCGAUUGGGGAACAUGUCAUCAACCAAGACAACACUGGAAAACACGCUAAAUGUGUUUCCAUUCUGACGGUGAAGCAUCAGACCGGCAGCAACAGAAAAUACACCUGCCGGUAUUAUAAUGGAAGCAAGAUAACAACAGAGGAUCACUACUCAAUGGUCUCUACAGAUCCCUCUCAUCUGAACUACAUUAGCAUCAUUGGAGCAGUUGUUGCUGCAGUGGUGCUGCUGCUGCUGGCUGUCACUGUUCUUAUCCUCAUGAGAAACGGAAGAGGAAGUAAAGAAUCAGAGGAUAAGAUAAAUAAAAAAUCAGAUGUCAAAAUUCAACAUCCCAACACGGAUCAAAAUGAUGAACCACGUUCCAGUCUGACAUAUGCUACUGUUGACCAUUUUAAUUCACCUCACAAGAUAAGAGUCAAGGAUCAGGAAGAUGUGGUCACUUAUUCUAUUUUAAAGCCCAAAAUGGAGACAGACGCAGACAUCGAUCCCAGCAGUCUCUACAGUUGUGUCAGCACACCAAAAUAAACCAGACAAUAUGACACACUGCAUCAUAACCUUUCCUUACUUGACCCGUAAAAAAGAAGUUAAUAUAUGUUUGAACAGUUUUUUUCAUAUCCAGUUUAUUAUGAAGAAAAUGUUACUGAUCAUUGUCUCC